AUGUCAAGCAUUACAAAAAUACAAGCCCGGGGUGAUCAUGUUCAUUCUCCAAAUCACAAGAUCAGUGUUGACUGCGAUUAUGAUUAUUUCGGGAUACCCGGCUGGGGAUUUGGUGGCGGUAUGCCUAGAGAAGGUGGUAUGCCGGGUGGUGGCAUGGGUGGAAUGCCUGGUGGCGGUGGGAUGCCCGGUGGUGGCAUGCAUGGUGGCGGUGAGAUGUCGGGUAUGGGUGGCACACCUGGUGGCGGUGGGGCGCCAGGUGGCGGCAUGGGUGGCAUGCCUGGUGGUGGUGGGACACCAGGUGGUGGCAUGGGUGGUAUGCCUGGUAGUGGGGCUCCAGUUGUCGGUGGGGCACCAGGUGGCGGUGAGGCACCGGGUGGGGGCUUGGGUGGUGCGCCUGGUGGUGGGGCUCCAUGUGGCGGCAUGGGUGGCACGCCAAGUGGCGGUGGGGCACCUGGUGGGGGUAUUGGUGGUACGCCUGGUGGUGGUAUGUCUGGUGGUGGGGCUCCAAGUGUUGGUGAGACAACAGGUGGCGACAUGGGUACGCUUGGUGGUGGGGCUCCAGGUGGCGGCAGGGGUGGCACACUAGGCGGCGGUGGGGCACCUGGUGGGGGCAUGGGUGGUACGCCUGGUGGUGGGGCUUCAGGUGGCGUCAUGGGUGGCACGCCAAGCGGCGAUGAGGCACCAGGUGGCAGCAUGGGUGGCAUGCCAAGUGGCGGCGCAGGUGGCACACUUGGUGGUGGAAUGCCAGGUGGCAGAAUGAGUGGCAUGCCUUGA